AACCCUUUUGCCUUAACUUGGAUCGACCAUAAUUGACCCAACUAUCCUAACCCUUUUGCUGAUCACGUACCUGGAAGGAUACGAAAUUCAUUGCUCAUUGCGCUAACUAACUGCAAUGUACAUGGCGCAGAUGUUCAUAAGGGAUUAUCGAUCACAACUUCAUUGUGAUGUCGCAUCGUCCUUCCGUAAUCGCAUCUUCCUUCCGACCGCAACACACAACAUCCUUCUUCCUCCCCCCACUAUUGUCGCACACUCACAUCAUCACAUCAGAAGAGAUACUCAGAUCAACAGUGGUGGCACCAUUAGUUCAGAAAGGGAUUCCUUACACUUCAUCUGGAGUGGUUGGUGGGUUCACUGGUGAUGAGCUUGAAGAUGACUACAAACAAAUCAAGAAUCUCAUUGCUCAAGAUUGUACAUUUUUGUUGGAGAUUUCUUCUACAGAAAAUUCGUGUUUGCAUGUAUUUAGCUUUCUUGCGAAUUCAUUUAUUACGGAGGUUCUUUGGGCAAUUCAGCAGGGAAAGCCAGGGGCUUUUUCUCAUGGAAGACCUACAGAUUUCUUGAAAAACUACAAGUCAAGUCUUGGUUUUUUGGCUGAUUUAGAAGAUAAUUCAUGAUUUAGAUCAUCUAACGACAGAUUAAUAAGAAAGAAAUGAGAAAUGUAAUGAUUAAUGAGAAAGUGGUCAGGUUUUUGUAGAGGAUUUGCACGAGCAGACGAAGUCUUUUUGCAUCUAGUCCCUCUUUCCAAAUCGACCAAGUGAAUGUAUUCGUAUAGAGGAUGCCCUUUAUGUUAAUAUAGCCUUUUUAGUAGUUUGAUGCAACUUGUUAGGAGCAUGUAAUGUAAUGUAUGAAAUACAUCUCUGAUAUUGUAAUAGAUGAUGUGUAAGUAGGAUGUUAUUAAUUACAAUAGCCCAUGUUUUUAUCUUUGUACUAUUUAAUAACAAUACUUACAUGUUUGGUCCCUGUUGUUUUAAAUUUGGC